CGGCGGCCAUCGUGCCUUGGCGAGCCCUUUCAUUGUGCUUUGCUGGAGGAGACGGCGCUGGUGUGAUCGGAACAAGCGCGCUGCAAAUGAAUUAAAUCGCUCUAGAUACAGGCGUUAAACGAGCAGAGAGAGAAAAAAAAAAAAAAAGAAAACCGAGACGGGUAAUUCCGGAAUUGCUUUCCCCCCCUCAGGUAUAUUAUUUUCAAGAAGCGAGUCCGAUGGCGACCCCGAGCCGCUCAGCCGCCGCAACUCCCCGGCAAGGAGCCUCCAGCACCCCGCUGUCCCCGACCCGCAUCACCCGGCUGCAGGAGAAGGAGGAUCUGCGCCACCUGAACGACCGCCUGGCCGUCUACAUCGACCGAGUCCGGGCACUCGAGCUGGAAAACGACCGGCUCAUGGUUAAGGUUUCCGAGAAAGAAGAAGUCACCACACGCGAGGUGACUGGGAUCAAGUCCCUGUAUGAAGGGGAGCUGGCCGAUGCCCGUCGUAUUUUGGACGAGACAGCCCGAGAGAGAGCCAGGCUGCAGAUUGACCUGGGGAAGGCCAGGUCUGAACUGGAGGAGGUCACCAAAAAGUAAGAGUUCAAUACAGUGUAGGGGUAGAAUACGAAUACUGGGGCGCAUGUGGAUAUGGGGGUCACACACUUACUAUUGUGCCUGGUUUUGAAAAUCCCCCCCCCCAU